AUGGGAUUCGUCUCUAGCAGCAGAGUCUCUGCAAUCGUUGGAUCUUCCGCCGUAAUACGACAUCGUUUACCGAUUGUGGGCGCGUUUUGUAUGCUAAGCUUGGGUUUCUUGAAUCUUUCCCUGUCUUCUUCGCCUUUCUCCAAGACGGGUAGUGGUCAAUCUCUCUCCUUUAGCCCUCUCUCAAGGUCGACUGCACGAAAAAGUGGGAAAAGUUGCAGGUCGAAGUUCAGAAUGGAAGAGAGAAGCAAGACUGUUCCCGCCAUUGUUGUCUAUGUCACUGUCCCUAACAGAGAAGCAGGGAAGAAAUUGGCUAACAGCUUAGUUCAAGAGAAGCUCGCAGCUUGUGUGAACAUUGUUCCGGGUAUUGAAUCAGUGUAUCAAUGGGAAGGAAAUAUCCAGAGUGAUGCAGAGGAGCUGCUGAUCAUCAAAACAAGGCAAUCCCUUUUGGAUGCUCUGAAAGAACACGUCAAAGCAAAUCAUGAAUAUGAUGUUCCUGAAGUAAUAGCAUUGCCUAUUACUGGUGGGAGUCCUCAGUAUCUGGAAUGGCUGAAGAACAGCACAAGGGACUGA